AUGUCUGCUCCAGGUGCCGAAUGGAUCAGCGACAGAUCGCGUGAAAACACGCCUCCGGAGCGCGACACUCCAGAAGGCAACGACGGCCCGUCUCAGCAGCGCACGAGCAAGAAGCGCAAGGUUCUGUCAUGCUACGCCUGUCGCGGCCGCAAAAUGAAGUGCGACCGCGUCUUUCCAGUAUGCGGGCGGUGUCAAAAGACGGGAAGACGGCACGAAUGCACUUAUGAUCCGCGCCUCUUGGAAGAGUCUAAUGUUAAUGUAGCCACACGAGCUGGCGAUGCCACUUCCACCCUACUGGCGGAGCGACCUGCAAACAUCGACCACUCUACCGACACAUGCGAUAUUUUACAGCGGAAAGUCAGAGCUCAACAAGAGCGCAUUGCAUUGCUAGAGCAGCAGCUGGCCGGGCGGCAGACCAAACAUAAGUCACAGUACCAUGACGUCCUACCCGAAGAGCCAACAUUCACAGAGGAGAUUUUGCUCAAAGGGAAAGGGUUCAAGACUCAAUUUCAUGGUGUGACAAGUGUUAUGAGCAUUGCAUCCACGUACCAUGAGCUGCAUCUCUUCACGCGCGAAGCUCUCGGUUUAGAUCGUUGUCUCGUACAUGUCGGAAAUGACUUCAGAGCAUACCGUGAUCGAAGGAAGAAGUCUGCUAAAGAGUUUAAUGCCGCACUCCAUAGUGGUGAUGCUAACGUACUGGCCUUACUUCCUGAGAAGAGUAUUGUCGACACGCUCGCUGCUAGGUACUUUCGGACGUGUGAAACCAGCUACAGAAUCCUGCAUGGGCCAUCCUUUUGGGAACAAUACCAGGCCUUCUGGGAGAAUACCUGUACCCACAAAGAACGCGUCAGCUUUGCCGUCAUGCUCGUAUUGAUAAUAUCUAUUACAAAGUGCCUCGACCAGAAAGAAGAUGUCUUCGUCGGCGAUACGACUAUUGAUCGGCAGAUCGCUCAAGACCUCAUUCACACCUGCGAAUUCUGGAUCAAGUUGCAGCCUCGGAAGCAUGUAACUCUAUCUUUCCUCCAAUCAGCAUGUCUCCUGCUGGUUGCUAAGCGGGUCAAUUGUGUGGCGAUGAAGCAGGACUGGAUCAACUCUGGUGAUCUUCUUCGGCUUGCUCUAGCAUCUGGUAUACACCGCGAUCCAGCCUUGCAGGGGAGCGGUAAAAUCUCAAUUUUCGACCAGCAAAUGAGAAAACGACUGUGGAUUACCAUUAUGGAGUUGGAACUACAAUCCUCGGUAGAAAUUGGCCUUCAAUCUGGGCUAACGGCCCUGUACUUCGACACACCAGCGCCAGCCCAUCUUGCAGACGAGGUCUUCUCUGCAAACACAAAGCAGCUACCACCAGAUCAACCAGAUGAAGAAUUUUCCUCCACCUCAUUUCUUAUUGCAAGCCUGAAAUCGUUACCACUUCGCAUUCAUCUUACACAACUGCUGAACACGCCAUCCAGUAACAUCCAAUACGUCGAUGUUUUGCACUUUGAUACUCAGAUACAUACAGCUGUCUCCGCCUUACCCAACUGGAAAAAUGAAUCUGCCGUAGUGCCAUCCGCACUUCUCCGCUUGCAGCUGCUUCAAUAUCUUCUGAUAUUGCACAGGCCAUUUGCCCAAUCGGCCUCCACAAACACCCGCUUCAUUUACUCUUUCACGACAUGUGUGGAUGUUUGCAAUUCCAUAAUCACGAUACACGGCGACCUGCUAUCGAAGGGUAUCUCCUUUCUUAGUAACAUCCGUAACGACGUCAUGAGAGUUGGUUUGACACUGUCCCAAUUAAUAUUCCGGAAUUGCACAAUCAGCCCGGUGAAGUCAUUGGUAGCACCAGCCGACCCUAAAGCCCGUUUACCGGACAUCACCAUGACCAAACGCGGGGUCCCGCUUGGCGAUACGGUCUACCUUGCCUCACUACCGCAAAACUCUUUUCUGUUCAAGACACUAUGUACAUCGUCCCUGGAGAUCCUUGAUCGCACAAGGCAAAUGUUUGAGCAAAAAGUACUUAGGCUAGGUACUGCAUACAUGGAGUACUGGAUUUUGUCGGCCACAGUGGGUAUAUUGCCACACCCGCCUUCGUCUUCCAUGUCAGCUACUCAUGUCGACAAUCCAAGCGACGAAAUCAUUUCUAGAUGCCGGAAAGCCACCGGCUACUUUACUGCUUUAGCGUCCAAGGUGGUGGCUUUGCAGCAAGACCCGGACAAUGAUUUGGCUGCUUCUCUCCGUGCCACAAUGUCAAGAGCCUCGCGACCCAAGGAUGCCGCACAUAAUAUGGAACACAAUGCCUUUGAAACUGACGGUGUGUCUGGGAUGAACCAAACAGUGAUCGGAAGCUCAGCUUUCACUCAUGCGAGCGGGGCAAAUACUACUAAUCCCAACUCUGGAACCUCUCUGAGCGACAUGUAUUCGCCCUUUGACAUGUUGCAAGACAUGCAGAUCGAUGGUAGUAACUGGUCGUUUCCAGACUUUUGGGCUUUCGAUCUAGGGGGUGAAUUUUGA